CUUCAAAGCAAUUUCACCACGACGCAGAGAACAUGCGGAUUCUUUCGGCUCGCUUCGCUAACUAUUGUCUGAAAGGGAGUGUGAUAUCUCUCUAUUCUCAUCAAUCCCGGAGUUGGUGUUCAUGGGAAGGAAAUUCUCGAGAAACUGAAGAGAUCACAAACAAAAUCCCAUGGAAACGGUUGAGUGCAAUAGAAGAGGAGAUGAAGGAGAUGAGAAGACAGAUGAGUAUGAUGAUGACCAAACUAGAGGAAGUGUCCGUGGAUAAACAAGGAAAUCAUGGAGAAGUUGAGGAGAUGAAAGAGAUGAGACGACAAAUGAGUAUGAUGAUGACGAAGCUAGAGGAAGAAGCCAUGGAUAAACAACGUUCGAUUACAAAGCAAGAGGAUGAUUCCUUGAAGUUCAGAAAAACCAAUACGGCGCAAAACCCAGUUGAUAAUCCUCAAGAAACUUCUCCAAGUGAAGGCAAGCAAGAAGAGAAGGGUGGAGAGUUUGUCGCGUGGCUUAAGUUCGUUUGUAAUGUUCUGUUGUACGUGUUGAUCUGGUCUGUCUUAUUGUUAGCCAUCUUUUGGGUCUCUACUUUCGCGUAUGAACGUUUCCUAAUUGUAAAAUUAAAAAAAUAAUAAUAAAUUGUGAGGGAAUCGUAUCAUUACGGACUC